AUGUCGGGAAUUAAUGCUGGUGACGAAAAACUGGUUUUCGAAUCAUCCGAAGCCGUAUCCGUGGUUUCAACCUUCGAUGACCUUGGUUUGAAGGAAGACCUUGUUAGAGGAAUUUACGCCUACAACUUUGAGAAGCCUUCGGCCAUCCAACAACGUGCCAUUCUUCCAAUAACACAAGGCCGCGAUGUCAUCGCCCAGGCUCAGUCUGGUACAGGAAAAACGGCGACUUUUUCAAUAUCCAUCCUUCAAUCCAUCGACGUAACUGUGCGGGAAACUCAAGCCCUAGUUCUCUCUCCAACUAGGGAAUUGGCUACCCAAAUUCAGUCAGUCGUCCUUGCUCUCGGUGACUAUAUGAAUGUCCAAUGUCACGCAUGUAUUGGCGGCACCUCUAUCGGUGAAGACAUCCGAAAACUUGAAUACGGCCAACAUGUCGUUUCCGGCACACCAGGUCGUGUGUUUGAUAUGAUUCGUCGUCGAAGCUUACGCACAAGAAAUAUCAAAAUGCUUGUGCUUGACGAAGCAGACGAACUGUUAAACAAAGGAUUCAAGGAGCAAAUUUAUGACGUGUAUAGAUACCUUCCCCCAGCAACGCAGGUGGUGGUCCUUAGCGCUACCCUUCCUUACGAUGUGUUGGAAAUGACAACCAAGUUCAUGACCGACCCAAUACGUAUCCUCGUCAAGCGUGAUGAGUUGACUCUGGAGGGCAUUAAGCAGUUCUUUGUGGCUGUCGAAAAGGAGGAUUGGAAAUUUGACACCUUGUGUGAUCUUUACGACACCUUGACUAUCACACAAGCCGUCAUCUUCUGCAAUACACGAAGAAAGGUUGAUUGGCUGACGGAGAAGAUGCGCGCUUCUAAUUUUACGGUGUCGUCGAUGCAUGGCGAAAUGCCACAGAAAGAACGUGACGCGAUCAUGGCAGAGUUCCGUGGUGGCACUUCACGAGUGCUCAUCACGACGGACGUCUGGGCUCGAGGUAUCGAUGUACAGCAAGUCUCGUUGGUCAUCAACUACGAUCUACCCGCAAAUCGUGAAAACUACAUCCACAGAAUCGGUCGGUCCGGUCGUUUCGGUCGUAAGGGUGUAGCUAUCAACUUUGUGACUGUAGACGACGUUCGAAUCCUUCGAGAUAUUGAAAUGUUCUACAGCACUCAAAUCGACGAAAUGCCCGUAAAUGCCGCAGAACUUAUUUAA